UACGGAUCCAAGUAGUGCAGUGUGUUCAAGAAGAAGAACGAAACGGGUCGGUCAGUUCGCCCAAAGAUCCGCAGCCGCAGCCUUUGAUCUUUGUUUAUCUAUUCUAUAAUCUCGAUUUCUCUCUCAAAUUCCAAGUUUUAUCACUUCAAUUACCGACUCAUUUCGUCAUUUAUCGUCUCUGUUCUUAAGAUUUGGCGCCCUUCUUUUUUCACUCUGUUCGAUUUCUUCGGUGCCACAACACGGCGUGCGUCUCAAUUCUUGGCCUCUCUUUGUUUAUGUGAUUCGUUGUUGACUGUUGAGAGUAUCAUCGCGUGGUUCGAAUCUGUUUUUUGGGGUUUUUGUUUGAUGUAAUGGGUAAUUGGAGAGAACGGCCUAGGAGAAAUUUUCGGAAUCAGAAGCCUCCUUGGUCGGCGUUAAGAAAUUACGAUCAAGAUCCUCCGCUAGAGUAUUGGCGAGAUGGCAUUCCUUUAUGGGAAAAGACAUUUUGCAAAGAGAUCGGCUGUGUGCCAUGGGGUAAAAUAGUUGAUUCCAAGAACUUUAUUUAUUGUCAUACUAAUGUAGUCAAUUGGGAUGAUUCUGCUUGUGAAGAGGCUUUCCAUAAUGCUAAAAGACGUUAUUGGGCAGCCAUUAACGGCCAUCAGUGUGAUAUCAAUCUGCCUGAUCCGGACAAAUAUAUUGAACAAAUCGAUUGGAGUCCAGAGAUGGAUCCUGAAAUGAUUGAGGAACUGGAUUGGGCAUACUACAAUCCUAAUAUGAAGCAACAUGAUGAUUGGUUGGAGUGUAAAAAUAAAAGGACAAGGAACUCCAGUUCUGUUUGGACAGAAAGUCACAUUGAAGAUCCAGGUCAUGUGGGUAAUCCCUGGGAACAUGGUAACCAAUUCACUGAAACUAAAGGACAAGGAUGGAGCCAGUGGAAUUUAAGUGAGUCGAGGCAGGUGAAUAAUGAUGGCAAUCAUUGGGACAAUAUCAUUGACCCAAAGAACAGGGGUAUGGUGGACACUGCCUGGAAGGAUAAAGGGAAUCAAGUUGUCACCUCCUGGCAGAAUAAAGGAUUUUCUAGAGAUGCAAGAAGUAUGGUAGACAAUGCCUGGAGAGCUAACGUGCAGCAUCAAGAUGGCGCUGCCACCUGGAAGACUAAAGGGUUUGCCAGUGAUGCAAGAAAUAACUCAUGGAGCAGGCACCAGCAGUGUGCCAGUAAUUUUGAUCAUUAUAAUAGGCCUGGGAAUAGCAAUUACAAUCAAAAUGUCAGAAAUUUACCUGAUAGAAUGCCGCCGAAUAUUCACGGUAACAAACAGGAUUGGAAAUGUAAGUAUAGGUAUGGCAAGAGGCCAAAAGAUGCACAAUUUGAUUACAUUGGAGGUAGGGAUCAAGGAAACAUUCCACCCAACCGACAAGGGGGAAGAUUUUGAUCAGCUGUUUCAUGUUGGAGGAUAUUCAAAGCUUCAAAGAGAUUAUUUUGGUUGUUGGAGUUGACUGGCCACAUGAAUUUUGAUUUUGCCCACUAGUAGCCAACCACUUCUGUUUUUGCUUUGAUACUGCAGGAUCAUAUAUGUUUUUGUUGGUAGAUUUUUAACUUUAUUUCAACAAGAAUGACUCUGCAGAAUUUUUGGUAUAAAGAAUUGAAUAUGAGUGACUUGGUUCUAUUGCAGGUCAAUAGGUAGAUUCCUCCCCUUACAAUAUGCGAUCCUUGUAUGAUCAGGCCACAUUAAGUAUGUAUUGAGAAACCUCUUUUUGGGAGACUUUAUAGAGGCAAUAACAGCUCUACUAUCAAUCCAAUUAUGACUUGUAUGUGUGAUGAGCCUAAUCUUAGCCAAGAACAUCGUGGAGUUCCAUUGUACACCAUCUUGAUAAUCUCCCUCAUUCGCCAACCUUGCUAGUUGAUCUAUUCUCCUCAUUAAUGAUUGAUUACUUUAAUUCACUUUUUGGUAUCUUUUUUCUUC